GCUGACACUACUGUAACAGUAACCGAGUCUGCAUGAAGGUUGAACAUGAAGGCUGAAGCGGAGGAAGAAAGCCUGAUUCAGUGAAUGCGCAAGAACACGAAGUUUCCAAUAUUUGUGAGGAUUUUCAAACUCUCCUUCAGGAAGAGUCUUUGCAGGCUUGCUCGAGCGUGAGUAUCAAGCCUGGUGAUGAGCUGAGAAAUUUAAGGGGAGAUCCAGGGCUUGACAACAAGUUGGAAAAGUAGAGUCUCGUUGGAACUGGCUCUGGGGGCAUUUUAGCUGGUGUUACCAAGUCCUGCUGUGCAGUAGGCAGAUCCCAAGCAAUGAUAUCCAGAAGGUUCCACCGGAGUGCAAUUUCGGGGUUUGUUGCGCUUCUUCUCUUGGGGUUGGUAGGUUCUAGCUUCAAAGGUGAAGUUGGAUCUUGGGUUGACAGUGCAGUUUCAAGGGGGUCUCACUUGAAAGGCAGAUUGCUAUUAAGUGAAGAACAAGCUGCAGCGCCACAAGAAGCAGAAGGCCUGUUUCCUGGGGGGCCCGACUGGGGUGCCGCUUCAUCCCCCCUCAGCACCGAAAAGGUGCAGGCAGAUAGGACUCCAGACACGAGCUUAGAUGAGGAUUCUGAACGGUCAGACGAGGACGACGGUUCCCUCUUGGAAUCAAGCAAAGGCGUCAGCCAGGCUGCUGCAGCCCCGACUCGAAGCAAAGUUGACACCGGUGCAACGGCGCCUGCACUUGGAAUAGUCACAAAUUCUGGUGUCAAGCGGCACACUAGCUUAGCGGUCGCUGGCGGACCAACGGCUGGGAAGAGGGAGGAAGAAGAGGAGGGGGAUUUGGGGGAAGAUGAAAACGAAGGCGUUGACACUACAUGGAACAAGUCCCUGACGGACACACGGAAAGCGGACACUAGUGUCAAGGAGGACGAAGAAUUCGGAACAGACGCCAGCCCAAACAGCGGAAGCUCCAACGGCACAGCAGGGGGGUCGAAUGAGGAGAGUACGACUGGGGGGGGCGACUGGGAUGAUGACGAGGGGGGGUCGAUCACUAGCGAAAACGACCCCCCAAAGUUGGAGCAUCGGACGAGCAGCUGGGAAGGGUUUGGGGACCCGUCAAAGAAGCUGACGCUUACGGUGGUCUGUAGCAAUACUGGAGGGGGGGUCUUGGAGGUCAAGAUUGCGACUCCUACUUGGAUACGAGCGGAUCCUGAGUCAGUUCGGGUGGGAGCGGGAGAGGAGCGGAAUAUAAGCAUCACGGUUCUAGAUCCGAAGGGGCUCAAAGGCUCCUCGGAGCGGAUCCAAAUUAAGUCGAAUGGAGGGGACGAGUACUUCGAGAUCACACGGGCGGCCCUCGGAAAAACCGACUGGACCGACAACUUGCCAAGCUCGAGCCUCAGCAGCACAGCGGUGGUUGCGGUGGGUUCCACGAUUGUCGGGCUGGCUGCGUUGGCGUGGUAUGUUUGCCGGCGCCGACAGCAGCGGCACGGGGCGUCCAGUUUCAAGUACAAGGAGCUGGAGAUGCAGGGGGACCUGUCGAGCGCUCUUGGGCAGCAUCCGGUAGGGGCGGGGAUGGCCUUGAACAGUUACAGUUCCGGUUACGGCCCCGAUCGGAGCCCCCGGACUAUGACGGACGAGGAGUCGACGCAGGGUUGGGACGACAACUGGGACGAUUGGGAUCAAGAGGAGCAGCGCUCCAGGCGAUGACACGUGGCAGCUAUGAUUCAUAAUGGAUCAUCGCAUGCUUUGUAGAGGUCAUAGGUUGGGUUAUGUUAGGUCAUCGGAUUCAAGUGAUGAAGGAACGCAACCGAUGGGCGUUUCACUUGAGUCACGAGAGUCACAGGGGCAGAUUUGCGGGGCAGAUUUGUGGCCGGGGAUAAGUGUUUGUACUGGGGGGAUCAAGCCGGAGACUUGGUGACUCUUAGGACCGUGGCUAGCGGCGAACAUGCUGCGAAACUUACUCUUCUGACCAUGGCAGCAGGCUCCGUCCCCGACUGUUCUACACGCAUGGAGUUGAGGGGCUUUUGAUGAUAGAGCUACCAAGCCCGUUGCUAAGUUGUCAUCUGUGCGGAAUCCUGCUAGGUCACUUGAUCCAUGAUCCAGUUCGAUCUAGCACUUGCGAUGACUUCAAACUGCCCAGUCCCUAAGUUCAGUCUCGACCUGAGCCCGAGCAGCCUUCACUAUAGUCAACUUGUGACACAUUUGGGCCAUGUCGAGCUUGCUGCCGACCUCUGCAAUGAAACCG